CUGGCAGAUAUUUUCUUCGAGUAAAAGGUAGCUGUAAGAUCGAAGGGAAUUUGCCCUUCUUUUUUUGGAAAACGACCAUUUUUUAAAUUCACAAUUCAUAGGAUCACACUCGGAUCCAACAAGAAACACAGAAUGGUUGUAGUGACAGCUGGAGCUGGGGGCGCCCACAAAGUCCUCUUGAUAUCUGGAAAUCAAAAUGCUUCAACACAGGGAGGUUUCAACCGUUCGAUAUCGGUUGUUCUCCCCUCAUCAUCAGCAAGCCAAGUUUCAUCAGAUUCAGAUUCAAAUAUGUCCGGGCCACCUCCGAGGAAAAGGCAGCGACUCACACACUUGAGCCCCGAGGAAAAAGCACUUCGGAGGAAACUCAAGAACAGAGUUGCUGCUCAGACCGCAAGAGACAGAAAAAAGGCCAAAAUGGGAGAGUUGGAACAGCAGGUUUUGGAGCUCGAGAUGGAGAACCAGAAGCUCUGUCUUGAGAAUCGGCUGUUACUGGAAAAGACGAGUGACCUCAUCACAGAGAAUGAGGAACUAAGACAGAGAUUGGGCUUGGAUGCCCUGGAUGAGGAUGAGGAUGAGGAUAAGGUGCAGGCUGUAGAGUCCGUCGGCGUGGGCUCUUUCGGCUUGGGGAUCGGGUCUUCUGAGUCUGCAGUACUCAGGCUACGUGUGUCCGCAGCAGGUGCAGGCCCAGCAGUCCUCAAGUCAGAAGAGUUCGCUGCCAUGGACACUGGCAGCAGUACUGGCGCUUCAGACGCUGAGUCUGAUCUCUUGCUUGGCAUCCUGGACAUCCUCGACCCAGAGCUCUUCCUCAAGGGCAGCCUUGCAGCAGCAGCAGAGUCUCAAGACGGCCAGCUCGUGCUGCCUGCAGGCCCGCAGGGACUUCCAGUAUGCCCCGCCUCACCUUCUGCUCUGGGGGCCGCACCAGUUAAGCUGGAGGCCCAUCAUGAACUGAUCCACUUUGACCACAUCUACACCAAGCACCAGGUGGUGCAGGAGGCUGAGGAGGUGCAGGAAGAGGUGGUGUGCGUGGUGGAGGAGGAGAGCGUGCAGGAGGUGAAGAUGGAAGAUGACGACGAGCAACAUCUGCAGAAACGAAAGGACGUGGAGGAGGACUCCGAUGACGAGGAUGAUGAUGAAGAUGAAGAUCAGGAGGUGGCCUUCUCCCCAGCGGCCCAGGAGGUGGUGGUGGUGGAGGAGGAGGACGUGUCUGUGAAGGACGAGCCAGAGGAGGUUCUCAUUCCGGAGACGGCUGCUGCCGGUGCUCCGACAGGCUCCGUGGACGACUUCCUCCCCCAGAACUCCCCCUCCCUGGCCAGCUACGGGAAGGCCUCAGCCUACCUGACAGACGCAUACAGUGACUCUGGAUACGAGAGGUCCCCUUCCCCCUUCAGCAACAUGUCUUCUCCACUGUGCUCUGAGAGCUCAUGGGAAGACGUGUUUGCCAAUGAACUGUUCCCCCAGUUGAUCAGUGUUUGAGCCCCUAAUUUGCCCUAAAACCAAAUCAAGUUUUUUUUAUUUUAUUUUAUUGUAUUUUACAAUACUGGCCAUCUCUUUGUAGCGUAAAACAAAACGUAACAUUUUAUUUCUCUUGUUUAUAUUGUAAAUAUGCUUCGAAUCGUCAACUUAAUAUGAAGGUUGACAUCAGAGUUCUAAAGUACUAAAACUCAAAACAAAAAUUGGUAGAUGUUGUGCCAGUUUCGUUAGACAAAAUAAAAUCUUACUAGCUCUGCUGGGGUUCUAACAGAAAUGAUCUACAAUCUCCAUCUUCUGAAUGGGGUUCCAGGGACUAAUCGUAUCCUGUCUAUUUAUUUAUGUAUUUAGUUUGAGUCUUCUGUAUGUAAUGUCAGAAAUAUAAAAUGCUUCACUAUAAAAUGUAUUAUUUUAAAUUGAAAGCUUUGUCCUCCUACCACACUAUCCUGUAUUAAACGUUUCAGCAUUGCAGAA